UGGAGGUGGUACGGCCACGUGGGGCGGCCAUAUGGUCAUGCGCAGCACGCCAGGAAGCAGUACAGUCACGCGCGGCACGUGUGGAGGUGGUACGGCCACGUGGAUAGGCGGUACGCCCGUGCUGUACGUGGCAGUUGGUAUGGCCACGCGCGCGGCACGCCGGGAAGCCGUGCAGUCACGCACGUCACGUGCGGGAGCGCUCCGGCCGCGUGGGGAGGCGGUACGGCCCGCGCAGCACGCCAGCCAGAGGUGCGGCCCCACGUCACGCGUAGAGGAGGUGCUUGGGAGCAUGGACCAGUCCUGUGAAAUGAAAUACAAGAUGAUGGACAGCCCUUUGGGGAAGAUUGAGAUCUCUGCGUGUGAGCAGGGUGUGCAUGAGAUCAGGCUGCACGGCAGGAAGAGCCCAGACGCCGGCGCCGCGGAGGCCCCCGCUCUUCCGGAGCCGCUCGGCGGCCCAGGGGAAAUGACGGCGCCCCUGAAGCAGUGCACGGCCUGGCUGCAUGCCUAUUUCCACGAGCCGGCGGUCCUCGAAGGCCUCCCCUUGCCUGCGAUCCACCAUCCCGUUUUCCAGCGAGACUCGUUCACCAGACAGGUGCUGUGGAAGCUGCUGAAGGUUGUCAGACUCGGAGAAGUGGUUUCUUACCAGCAGCUGGCAGCCCUGGCGGGCAAGCCCGGAGCAGCGCGGGCCGUGGGCGGAGCCAUGAGGGCCAAUCCUCUGCCCGUCCUCAUCCCGUGCCACAGGGUGAUCUGCAGCAGUGGAGACGUGGGCAACUACUCCACAGGCCGGGCCACGAAGGAAUGGCUUCUCGCCCAUGAAGGUUGUCCGGUAGGGAAGCCGGCCUUCCUGGGAGGCUCCUGCAUGGGCGGCACCUCCUGCCCCUAGCCUGCUGGCCGGACUGAGCACUUGAGGGAGGAGGUAAACACUUGAGUGACCCAAAAGUCCUAGCGAGUUGGAGGUGGGCUGUGUGGUAUUAAAAAGAGCUGGAUGUGUCCUGGA